AUCCGCCCGAGUCCAAGUACAAGGGGCUGCGGCUGGAGCUGGCGGUGGACAAGAUCGUGUCGUGUAUCGCGGUGGGGCUGCCCCUGCUGCUCAUCUCUCUCGCCUUCGCCCAGGAGAUCACUAUGGUGUCUCAGAAAUAUAAAGCAGAACUCUGAAGUGAAAGUGACAUCUCACAGGGACGAGACAGGAGGCAGAACCGCACAAAAUACCAGGAACCUUCACAGGCUGUGACCCGAGAGAGUCAUGAGGACAACGGGUGUAAACAAGCAAAUGGCUAGAUAGGGCUAGUCAUCAGGAUUCCAGGAAUAGUCCUUCCCAGCGCUGAGAUAAAAGCCUUUUUGGUAUUAUGCAGAUGAGGCUCAAGUGUCCAGAGGGCGUUCCCCAGCACAGCAAGAGUCCAGGUGCCCAGAUCUCCUGCUUCGCCCCCAGCAGUUUCUCCUGGAGACAGGCCGCCUAUGUGGACUCCUUCUGUUGGGCCGCCGUACAGCAGAAGCACCUGUCCUACAGCGACUCCGGGCACAUCCCCCUGUGGCUGCACAAGUUCUUCCCAUACAUCCUGCUCCUGGUGGCCAUUCUACUCUACCUGCCCUCCUUGUUCUGGAGAUUUACGGCAGCUCCUCAUCUCUGCUCCGACCUGAAAUUCAUCAUGGAGGAGCUGGACAAGUCCUACAACCGAGUUAUCAAAGCCGCAAACAGCAAAAGCAGCAUCAAGAAGGAAGGCGCCAAUUCACCAACGCUGAAUGACAUGUCACAGAGCACACUGGAUAUGGCAGAAGGACCCGUCAAAUACCCGUUCGUGGAGCAGUAUCUGAAGACGAAGAAGACCUCUUAUAACCUAAUCAUCAAGUACCUCAUCUGCCGCUCCCUGACGCUGGCGAUUAUAUUCGUGGCCUGUAUCUACCUCGGGUAUUACAUCAGCCUCUUCUCCCUGACGGACGAGUUCACCUGUAACAUCCGCACCGGCAUCCUGAAGAACGACACUACACUCCCCUCCCUGAUCCAGUGCAAGCUGAUCGCGGUGGGCGUCUUCCGGCUGCUCAGUUACAUUAACCUGAUAGUCUACUGUCUGGUGAUGCCUUUCGUCAUCUACGCCAUGAUGGUGCCGUUCAGGAAGCGCUCCAACGUGCUGACGGUGUACGCGCUGCUGCCCGCCUGCAGCAUUCACAGCUGUCAGUCCAGGAGCUACGACGACCUCAGCGUCUUCCUUCUGUUCUUGGAGGAAAAUGUAAGCGAGCUGAAAUCCUACAAGUUCCUGAAGGUGCUGGAGAACUUAAAGAACACGGGAGAAGACUUUGACACGAUGCAGCUUCUGACUUCAUUGGGAACGGUCAAGACGGACACAGUAGACGGGAAGCGGACGGCGUUUCAAGUCGCAGCUCAGCCGCCUGUAAAGCAGAAUUCUACCGAGCUUAAAGAUCUGACAAAAAAAGAUGGAGUAAAUACGUCCACAGACGAUAAGAAGGUCAGACAGAGACUUCUAGAUUCGUCAUGCUGAUCGAUGCCUCGACCUUUUCCGACGAUGUUUACAGCAACCACUGCAAGUAUUCACCGCACGGGCAGACAGCUGGACCGCCGCCGCCGGUGCUGGAUCAUUGCCUCUCAGGUCUUAUAAUAAGGGGCCAGGAAGAAGAUGUCUGCUCAGAAAUGUGAAGCUGUAGCUUUAAGACUGCAUCGAAACAGCUGCGGACUGUUUUUAAUACUAUUUUGCGCUGUAAAUGACUACAGACUGAUCGGUUUUUGCCUUUUUGGGUUGACAGUGCCUCGAAGUAACAAAAAAUGUAACGUCAACACUGGAUGUCACAAAUCUGGGUAAAAACUGGUAACCUUGUAUGAUAGGGUAUUUUUAGGAUGGUACUAUGUUUACAUUGAACAAAAAAAACAAAAACGGUACCAAACCUGUUCUGCUGGAAUGUUGCUUUUAUUUAUUAUUGCUUGAAGGGCUUGUCCGGUGAUUAGAGAUGAGCGAACUUACAGUAAAUUCGAUUCGUCACGAACUUCUCGGCUCGGCAGUUGAUGCCUUUUCCUGCG